GCAAGAUCUUACAAAGAUAAUUAAAUGUCUAUUGAAAUAAAUUGAGUUUGUUAAAUUUAUUAUCUUUAUUCAUUCCAAACUGCUCUCUCUCCCUUCUGUCUCUUGGGCUUUAUCUCAUAUCUCUCCUUCCAUCUCUUGCUUAGUUCCUCCUUUUCAUAAUAAUGCAUGAAAAGUAAUUGUGACAUCAGCAACUCUGUCAUUUCUACGAGGGGGAAGGGCUAGAUGUCUCACUUGCUUUUUACAGAUAUGCAGUGUGAAUUCAAAAGAAUUACGAUUCUUUUCAUUUGUUUUUAUAAUGUUCUGAUACUUCCUCCUCUCUCUGGGUAACCAUUGCAUAUAUGGAUUGAUUAGAGGACACGCAGGCAGAUCGUCAUUGGUACUUUUCUCUCCCUAGUCUCUUCUCAUGGGAUAAGGACAGUGAUGAAGCCCACAGGACAUACACUCAUGAGCAGACUGGUUUGCCAGUUAGCUGCAGCUAACCUCUUCCCAAAAGUUUUCUUGGGUCAAUUGCUUUCUCCUUUUGCACUAGAUGAUCAAAUUUUAGAGAGUGCUGACAGACUGACACUCCUCCAGGAGAUAAAAAUAAUUGAGUUGACCUCUUCAUUAGCAAGAAUAAUUCAUUCAGAAAGGAAACUACCAUAUCACAGCAUUUUGUAAAGCUUUAAGGAGAAUAAAAUGGCUUUUGUCAAUCAGGAAUUUAUGUGUAUAACUGGAAUAAAAAGCUAAGGGUACCAUCUACAUUAAAAAAAAAAAACUCAAUUAAUGGAGAAACAGUCAAAGUAAUUGGGUAGAACUACCCUCCUAAUUUUCCAGUUGUUCUUAUACUUAUCUCACCUUGAUGCGACUGCUGUGAACUUCCUCUAAUAUACGGAAAGCAUGCAAAGUAUGAAGAAAACCUGGAAAGAGGGCAUGGUCAAGAAUAAUAACCACACCAUCAAGUCAAAAAGAGGAAGGAGAGAAAUGACAGCUCAGAACCAACAUUGGGUCAAAAAUCAGCCUGAGAGCAGGUGAAAAGCAGGCAUCACUAGAAAAGGUUUCCAAAUGACAGAUCACUCAGCUUUCUUCUUCCUGCAUUUUCUCCUAUGCUAUCUUCACUCAUCCCUCUCAACUUCCCAUUGUGAAAAAUAUGUGAAGAAUAAAGCAGUGAAUUGGGUUUCUAUCAAAAAAGAAGAAAAAUAUCUAUACCUGAAUAACUGUGAUGUGAAAACGAUACAAGAUUACCAAGACAACCAUCUGUCUGUGUUGGAAUUGCUCAACUUGUCAUUUAAUCAAAUAGAGACUUUACCUAACCAGUUCCUCUCUGUAACCAAAAAAAAUGUAACUCUCUACUUGGAAAACAAUAACCUAAAAAGUCUUCCAGGAUCAAUUCUGCAAAACAAAAAUCUGAAAAUAUGUAGCUUGGAUUGCAUCAAUGCUAUUAAGGAUCUCCAUGAGCACUCUGAUAUUAGUAUUUCUAAAGCUAUUUUUAAAAAAUGUGAAUCUUUAAAACUUGAAGCUAUCAUUGUACCUCUCCUACUUGUAAUUCUGCUCCUCUGUGCCCUGGGCUUGGUCUGGUAUUGGAAACGCUACCGCUACCGCUACUCACGUAAUUUUGCUCUGCGAAAAUUUUUGCACAAGAAAAGGCAUCAGAAUGCAUUUGAUUCACUGCGUACACCACAUACUCCCACUGAAUAUGGUGGUCCAAAGCACCUGACACCGAAUCAAAUAAAAGAUAAGCCUUCUCUUCUGUAUAGGAAUGAUGCAGACCAGAGUUAUGAAAAUGUGGAAACUGGCCCUCUGAGAUGUGCAGAGGAAUGCUUGACAGGUCUUUAUGAAAAUACAAACCAAGUCAAUUCUGAGGAGCAUUUAUAUGGAAAUGAAUCUUCAUCUGAAUAUUAUAAUGUCCAAAAACCUCAUUUGCUCAAUUAUCCUCCAGUCGAAGAGAUAUAUAUUCUUCCAGAUUAGUAAUACUGGUUCAUAUCAUUGAAUUUCUCUUGAAAAAAAAAGAAGCAAAAUUCAUUUGUGUUUUAUGACCUAACUAAAAUGAAAUAUUAAAUGUAA